CGUCGCUCUAAGGAAGCGGCAAACAGUGCUCUCAACGGGAUCGAUUUAACUCGACAAGGCUACCUUAUAUUUUAAUUGAAAAACAUUCGUUUGGAAGGUCGUAAUACAGCAAUUAGCUAUCUUAAGAUAUCACCAGUUUUAGAUCCAAAUUUAAUAUUUUUCUUUGAGGUUCCACCGUCCCAGUUUUAGCCUUAUCACAAUGCCGCGAGGAGGUAAAAAGGGCCACAAGGGCCGUGGGAAGCAGUUUAGCAAUCCCGAGGAGAUUGAUCGACAGAUGAGAGCUCAGAAAGAAUUGGAGGAAAACGAGGGAGCCGAAGGGGAAAAAUCAUCAGGAUCUGAAGACGAGAGCAGCAGUGAUGAUGAGCCACAAAAAAGGAAAGGUGUAGAGGGAUUAAUUGAAAUCGAAAAUCCAAAUCGGGUCACCCAGAAGAGCAAGAAAGUUGCUGAAGUAGAUGUCAGUGAGCCUAAAGAGCUCUCACGACGGGAAAGGGAGGAGAUUGAAAAGCAGAAGGCUAAGGAGCGCUACAUGAAGCUACAUCUAGAGGGGAAGACAGAUCAGGCCAAGGCAGAUCUUGCCAGACUGGCCAUUAUCAAAAAGCAGAGAGAGGAUGCGGCACGAAAGAGAGACGAGCUGAGGAAAGAUAAAGAAGUACAAGAGGCAAAAUCGAAACGCUAGCCUGACAUCCACUCCACAGGGCAGGGUAUUUCAAGGGGUGUGGGGUGGUUUGGGGUCUAGUUGGUUAGGGGAAACAGCUCAGGGGUAUCCAUACAUUUCUCCUGCAGUAGAGGGGGAUUUGGACGUUUAUAGGAAGUGAUCAGGACUGGAUGCAUGGUGUUGGAGCUUGUUGGGUAUCUUAUAUUUCAGCUUUUCUCACCCCAUUCCUCCUCUGACACAUUCACUGUGCUCAGACUCUAACGCUGCUGGACGUUAUUCUUAAUUUCUACAUUUCUGUUAUUUUAUCAUCAUUACAUUAGAUUGAGAUACAAUGGAAAAGUGAGGUAGGCUUAUCCAUGUUCUGUUCUGAUUAGGAGAUUGAUGCAGCAAGAUAUGGGUUAAUGCAGAACAGUGAAACACUAGCCAGAUAUUUAGCAUUUAGAUUAUGCCUUUGUCCAUCUUUGUGGCCUCAUUUAUUUCAGUGAAAACAGCCGUUUUGUUUUGCACUUCAUGGUAAUAGUAUUUUUUUUUGUUUGUUACUUGUGUAAUCGGGGCAUGCUUGUUGUAACCUAUUGCUGCAGGUUGCAACCCUAAAAUUUAAAGAAAUAGUUCCCCUUCAAAAUGUCUUCAUUUACUCUCUUCUGCAAAACAUAAAAGAAGAUAUUUUGAAAAAUGUUAGUAACUAAAAACCAACGGUCCCCAUUGACUUUCAAUUGUAUGGACACAAAACCAAUGCAAGUCAAUGGGGACCAAUGAUUUAUUUUACCAACAUUUUUAUAUCAAAUAUCUUCUUUUGUGUUCUGCAGAAGAAAGUCACACAGGUUUGAAAUGACAAGAGGCUGUGUAAAUAAUGACAGGAUUUAAAUUUGGAAGGUGAACUAUUCCUUUAAAUGUUUUUUAAAUGCAGAGAACAAUGCAUAGUGAAAGGCACAGUAUCAAUACACCAGUAUUAUAUUAUCUGCAUCACCACACCUGACUGAAUUCUUGCAUGUUCUUUAUAAAUAACAGGAAAGAGUACUCGCCCCGUCACUCAGGGGUUUUACAUUUGUCUUUUACCAAGAUGAUUGUUUUUGUCAUUACCAGGCCCACUGAUGUGUCUUCACUUUGUUUUAUGCAUUAGCCUGACUUGCCUUGACCAUUCAGGAAAGCAAUAUUAAUGCUGAUGGUGCAACAUUUUCCUUAGCUCUUAAACACAAUUAUUUACAAACAGUUUUAACAUUUGUAGAGCAUUCACCAAUAUUGAAACGAUUAUUUACAUGGGGUGUAAUUAGCAAAUCAGAUGAAUUGUUUAUUUGAAAUUGUUGUAUACAAAUAAAUAAGUUGAUGAAUUAAUGUUUUCUCUUUG